ACUACAAUCUGCAAAGCUACCGGUUCCCCACACAAGGGAAGAGUUACAUCUCAGUACCAGGAGAGGCCCUCACAAUGCAGUCUCAGACCACGAUCGUGGGACUUUUCUACCACAAAAUGCACAACUACUACAAAAAAAUCAGCCCUCUACAAACAAGGAUAAAUGAGGCAGUGGAUUUUAAAGAUCAUAAGAUCCAGAUGGCCAGUCAUCUUAUUUCUCUGAAGGUGGAACCGUCUCCUGCCCUGUCAUUCAACCUGUCUACUGAGCCGCUGAUCCGGAUCGUCCUCGCGCAUCAGCUGAGUAAAGAACAGCAACUCCAGGCCUUAAACCAAAGUAACAAAGUGUUCCUGUACUGCGCCUUCCUGGACUACAGCUCCAAGGAGGGUGUGUGGUCCAAUGAGGGGUGUGUGAGAGCUGAUGGAAACCUGUCCUUCUCUAUUUGCUUGUGUAACCAUCUGACAAACUUCGCCAUCCUUAUGCAAGUGGUUCCCAUGGAGCUCUCAAAGGCCCACAAGGUGGCGCUAUCCACCAUUAGCUACAUCGGCUGUUCUAUCUCUAUUUUCUGCUUGGCAAUUACACUGGUCACCUUUGCCGUCCUGUCGUCGGUUAGCACCAUCCGUAAUCAGCGUUAUCAUAUUCAUGCAAACUUGGCAUUUGCGAUCUUAGUCGCUCAGAUACUUCUGCUCAUCAGUUUCCGCUUCAAUCCCAGCACGCUCCCGUGUAAGAUCAUGGCCGUAUUGCUGCAUUUCUUCUUCCUGUGUGCAUUUGCCUGGAUGCUGGUGGAAGGGCUGCAUCUCUAUAGCAUGGUGGUCAAGGUGUUCGGCUCAGAGGGCAGCAAGCACUUUUAUUACUAUGCAAUCGGAUGGGGAUGUCCUUUGGUCAUAUGUGUGGUGUCUAUGACCUCGUCACUAAACAGCUAUGGAGAGGCUGGCAAUUGCUGGCUGUCUCUGAAGAAUGGGGCGAUUUGGGCUUUUGUAGCCCCUGCUCUGUUUGUUAUAAUGGUGAACAUUGGCAUUUUGAUAGCUGUGACACGGAUCAUAUCCAGGAUCAGCGCUGAAAACUACAAGGUUCACGGAGACGCCAACUCUGUUAAGCUUACGACUAAAGCGGUGGCGGUACUCUUGCCCAUCCUGGGCAUAUCGUGGAUCUUUGGGGUUCUGGCGGUGAAUGACCACUCCCUGCUUUUCCAGUACAUGUUUGCAGUGUUUAACUCACUACAGGGGUUCUUCAUAUUCCUGUUUCACUGUCUGCUAAACUCCGAGGUGAGGGCUGCUUUCAAACACAAAACCAAAGUGUGGACUUUAACCAGCAGCUCAAUCCGCAACAUCAACGUCAAACCUUUCAACUCCGACGUAAUGAAUGGAAACAAGGGCGGUGUGACUCCCACAAAGAUGAACACAUGGGACAAAAGCACCAACUCAGCCAACCGCAUAGAUUUGUCAGCAGUCUAAUGGCUUCUGGUCCAAGCAGAGCAAGUGGACAACAGCAUAGCAUUUCUUAUAGAACAUGUGCCUUUCUAUAUAUAUCACAUUUUAAAUGGACUUCAUAUGAUGAAAUAGCUACAAACACUUGCAGCUGAUUGUAGAAUAGUUAACUCACAACACAAAGUUCUCUAAUGUCAAUUCCUCCUGCUGAUGAUCUCUCUUAACACAAACAUAGGAUGAAGACACACUGCCCGUUGUUGGGAUGAAAGAGUUCAUGGUUUGCUAAUAAUGUGGUGUGCUGAGGAAAACACACUAACUCUCACAGACAGUAGACUCUCCUGAGAUACAGUACCUGUACUGUAACAGUAUUUCCUUGCUUUGAUUUUUUUGGACAACACACUAGACCUGUGCUACAUUUGGACCACUGUUUGGCCGUCCUUUAAAAAGAGGAAUCAUCAAAUACAAAGUCUGGAGUGUCUCAGCUUUAAUGAGAACACUUUUUUGCAACCAGCCCGAGUGAAGUAGCAGCUUCUAUUAAUCCAUGUCCAUCUGUCCAUUGGCUAUGGCUUAAAAUUCGACCUGGAAAAGAAGUACAAUACUGGCGAAAUUCUCUGGAGAUCUUCCUCAUUGUUGUAUUGUUCCUCAAUCUAGUAUUGUAAAUGGGACUUGUGUCUCAGUAACUGAACACCUAAUUCAUGCACAGUGCCAAAUAGUUUUCUCAUGUCAUGAUAUAUAUCAGUUUGCGUCAUUUCAUAAAGGUGGACACUUCUGUGAUGUAUAUAGCACAGACACACACAGCCGUGCGUAAUUGUGUAAUUGCGUAAUUGUCUGUAAUUGUGCCAUCAUAGACAUAUUUAUUGGUACCAAAACAGGUCAGUGUAUUAUUAAUGUGUGAACAUAUGCAGUAUAUCUUUAAAUUAUUGUCGUCGUCGUCGUCAUGUUCCAACAAGACUUUGAUACUGCUUGAAAGAUCUUCUUAUUCAGUAUCAUAAUACUUAUUUUCUCAACAUUAUAGCUUAAUCAGCUAUUGUAUGUAGUUUAUGAGUGAAUGUCUUAGUGUUGAUGCUCUCCGCCAAGAACAAAUCGCAGAAGAUACUUUGUUUUAGUACCAAAAUUUCAAGAGUUUCUCCCAAAUGAACAUUUAAAGGCCAAGUGCACUUCUUGUCUGAUUGUUAUUUAAUAUUUGAAAAUAACUGUUUAUGCAGUGUCUCUCAAUCAAGUGUGUCUUUAACCCAUUCAUGUGAUGUUUUGCUUUUGAAAAUGUUGACAUUAUCAUCAGCAGGAACAUAGAGUGAUAUAGUACACCAUAUACAAUUGGAUUUACACAUUUUCAGAUUACACAUGCUUCAGAGGUAUUAAAUAUGAUCUCAGAACUCACACACAAAUGGCCAUAGCAGUGUUUUGAGAUGAUGCUGUAAAAUAUAGUGACUUUAAAGAGAAAGUGCCUUAGCUCUACAAAUUCCAGUAAAGAGUGUUGUUCUUAAGUUUAUAAUGUGAGAAAUCUUUCUGUGAAGUUUUUAUUUUUAUUCUGUUUUCUUGAUUUAUUCUGUUCUAAUGCAAAUGGAUUUUUUUCACAGUUCUCUUUUAUGCAAAAUAAAACUUUUAUUUAAGUCUGAAAACCGUACUGUGAUAUGACAUACGUGCGUUGUACAUAUUUGUAAGUCCUAUAUUCCUGCACAUCUCUUUUAUAAGAGUGUCAUUUAUAAGAGGUCUGAUUCUUAAGACAGACCUUGUCUGUGUUUAAUUUUGAGGGUAAAUCUGCGGAAUUGAUUUAAUAUAACCAAAAUAUUUACAAACUGCAGAAAUCUAUGGGCACAGGCUCUGUCACUGUUCGUUUCAAACAUCAUUUUCCUGAUGUGAAUUCCUAACAAACCCUUCCCAUAAUGCUGACUGUUGAUUUACCAAGAGGAUGGGGAUAUAUGAUGGAUAUUGAUGAGCUUAUUAAAUGUGUUUUGUGAGUUUAUGUUGGACAGGACCCCCUCUGUGAGUCCUUCAUUAGGGUUUACUGUGAAGAAGGAUUUCAUAUGGACAGUGAGGCAUUGAAACCGUACCCAUGCUGAUUGUCUUCACAUGUAAAAUAAAAACUCAUGACAUUUUCAUUGUAUUUGCCACAUUAUAUUUUAAUGAAAGGCAUUAUGUAAUAUGCCCAAAUUUAAUAAA